AUGGGCGCCGUAUUUCGUAUACAGUCAAUUGAUAUGAGUGAACAAGGCGUCUGGAACAUUCAUUUAAAGUUAACUGGUGAGGAAGAUCAAGAACUAAAAGAACUAACAAAUUAUAUGAGACAGAAUAUAAUUUCUACACAUCCUCUUGGUAAUUUAUCAAAAUUAAUGUUAGAAAUAGCAAAUUAUGAUAAAGCUGAAGAAUAUUGCAAUUUCUUACUUAAAGAUCCCACGGUACUAAACGAAUAUAGUUCGUUAGCUUCGGUGUACAAUAAUCUUGGCUUCAAUUCCAGUACACGGGGACAGCAAGACAAAGCAAUUGAGCAGUACAAAAAGUCGCUUGAAAUUUGUCUAGAACAUUUACCAGAAACACAUCCUACACUAACUACUCAGUUUAAUAACCUAGCGUGUUGUUAUCAUCUUAACGAUGAUAAUGAAAAAUCGUCAUUAUGUUAUUUUAAAGCUUUGUAUAUCGAGUUAAAUGCACCCAAUCCGAUUGAAACUAAUAUUGCAAGUACAUACAGUAAUCUUGGUGAAGUUUAUCGUGUACAAGGACUGUAUAUAGAAGCAUUAGAAAUGUAUGAAAAAUGUCUCAAUAUAGAAUUAAAAAUUCUUCCGUCUAACCAUCCAUCGCUUGCAGCAACCUAUAAUAACAUAUCACAAGUUUAUAUAGCAUACGGUGACUAUUACAAGGCGCUCGAAUAUUUGAAUAAAACACUUGAAAUACAAGUAAACUCACUACCAUCGACUCACAUUUCCAUAGGCGGUACCUAUAAUAAUUUAUCUCUUGCUUACUCUCGAUUAAACGAUUUUGAAAAAGCUUUGGACAACAUGAAAAAGGCAUAUGAUAUCUACAAGCCUAUAUAUUCAUCAUAUCAUUUGGACGUUAUUAUCAUGAGAGUACAUAUGAAAUUUUUUAGACAUCAACUGGGUGAAAAUGUAGAUGACGAUGAAGAUGACAGUGAGGACGGCACGGAUGACGACGAGGUGAAUUUGGAAAAUUUUGUAACUUCACUUAAGAAGCAUUUUGUCAAAGACUCUCAGAAAUGA